AUGGCAGGCGACAACGCUGAUGCACCAGGCGACGAAUGUGAUGGUGCUUCAAAGAGUGGUGAUGGGGCUUCUAAGAGAGGUGAUGGUGCUCCUAAGAAAUGUGACGGUGCUUCUCAAGGAAGUGAUGGUGCCUCUAAGAGAGGUGAUGGUGCUUUUAAGAGAGGUGAUGGUGCUUUUAAGAGAGGCGAUGGUGCUUUUAAGAGAGGCGAUGGUGCUUCUAUGAGAGGUGAUGGUGCUUCUAAGGGAAGUGAUGGUGCUUCUAAGAGAGGUGAUGGUGCUUCUAAGAGAGGUGAUGGUGCUUCUAAGAGAGGUGAUGGUGUUUCUGAGAGAGGUGAUGGUGCUUCUAAGAGAGGUGAUGGUGCUUCUAAGAGAGGUGAUGGUGCUUCUAAGAGAGGUGAUGGUGUUUCUAAGAGAGGUGAUGGUGCUUCUAAGAGAGGUGAUGGUGCAUCUAAGAGAGGUGAUGGUGCUUCUAAGAGAGGUGAUGGUGCUUCUAAGAAAGAUAAUGGUGCUUCUAAGAGAG